AUGAUCAUAUUGGAAAGGGCUCCCAUGACAAAUGGCGAGGUGUUUGCGCUGCUGCGACGACGACGCGACGAGCGAAAUGCGAAGGCGCAAUUUCCAUUUGGAAUGCAGUUUAUGGGAAGCAGCAACAUGUCGCAGAUGCAGCAGCAACGGGUGUCAGCCUCUAUGGCAGCGAAUGCGUCGGCACACACGAGUCUUUUUUUUCCACCGGAAGCACUUGUGUCAGAUGGACAGUUUUUCAUUGUCAAUGGAAAAAUUUCUGCAACUCCUCUUCCGAAUGCGAAUAAUCAUCUUCUUUUCUCUUCGCCAGCGGCUUCGCACCUUAUGGUGCUGUUGACAGAGGUGCGUGCACUACGAUACCUUAGCCGGUAUGCCACGAUCAGCGGCCAUAACAGUUUGCACGCUCUCUACGGCCCCACCAGUCUUCAUACUCGGCGCUAUCAGGAACUCGGUGCCUUGGGUUCCGGCGAAAACUUGCCGCGUGCUCAGCGGCAGAGUGAAGAGAAUGGAUUUGAUGCCUUGCCGCCGCAAGCAGACGAGGUCCCUCGGGAAAUCAAUGCUGUCACAAAAACUCAAGAACAGGCCUUGACGCAGCUGGUGAGGCGGUAUCGCCCGGGCACUGUGGGUCAUGUGCGUGCGGUCUUGGCUCUUCUUGGAAUUUGGGAAACGAACGGACGCGAGAUGGAACGUCAGGGCUCAACAAGAGUGAAGUCGGUGUUGCGUGCGGUGCGACAGAGGCUCAGCGACUCCGCUCGGAGAAACGAGGAAAACUCCAUUGUGCACAAUAACGAUAAGGACAAUCAGAAUGAGGAACAACAACAACAACAACAUCUCCCUUCAGAGCAACUGCGCCCGUUGUUUACCCCGCCUUCUCUGCCGCUUGCAGUAUUUCUUGCAGAACAACCUCCUGUGGUCACCGCUGCUGACACGUCUACAGGAAAUUAUCAGUGGACUGAACAGGAUGUCAUUCGGCUUGUUAUGGCGAGGCCGCAAAGUAGCCUUGAUGUGCACCGCGUCGUGGAGAAUAUUGAGGAGACUGUCGGCCAUAACGAGGAGUUGUUGAACUUUCUCGAAGAGGAACUUGUGAAGGUGUUUCUGUAG